AACCAACUGGUCUCAGACCGUUUCGACCCGUAGUCUGAAACCGGAUCGAGGACCAAAUCGACACACGCAGCCUGACCUAGCGAGGAGCGCCUCCACCGCCCGCCGCCCACCGCCCACGGCCGCCAAACCGGGUUCUUUCGCCGCCGCCGCCGCCCGACUGGAGCUUGGUCGCCCCGUACCUGCCCUUGCUCCUGCUCUCCGUCUCCCUCGCGGCGUGCUGGGCCGGACGCGCCGACGGCCACGGCGUGCACUCCGUGCUCUCCGUGCCGCUCCUCUCGGCGCUGCUCGGCGGGGCCGUCGCGCUCGUCUUCCUCGCCGGCUACCUGCGCCGCAAGCGCGCCGACAUCGCGCACGUGCCCCUCUCCGCGGCCGCCGCCGCCCCGGACCUGCCUAAGCAGGUCCGCCCCGCUGGCCAGAACAAGAAGGGAGGAGGACACACCCGCGUCCACCACCACCACGCCUCCGCCGCCGACAAGUCAGAUCUUUCCCCCCGUCAGGUUUAGCUGGACUUUAUGGUGGAUGAAGCAGCAGUACACCAGGUGUCCCCGCUGUUGGCGCCAAUGUCCAAAGAGGAAGCUUGGCGCUGCUUCUUUGAUUUCAUGACCAAGGUUACGCAAUAUGAGGAGCUAGUUGAUGCCGGAAAAAUGUUUCUUGUAAAGUUCCGUCAGGAAUUAGAGCAUUUUCGAAGACCAAUGAUUCCCAUGGAAUCAGGUGCUGUCAGUCAGUUAGUCAAAUCUAACUACACUGAUCGACUGAAGUCCUAUCUUGAAGCAGGCUGCCACCUUCAGCACCAAAGUAUCCGGAAUAUUAACCAGUUGUGCUCGCGGGAACAAAUGGGUAGGCCCUCUUGUGAAACCCACGAUGCUGAAGUAUUGUGCAUGGUGGUUACUGUGGCAGCAGGGCACAACUGCAAUAUCUAUAUUCAGUCUUGCGAGGAAAAACUUGAGGACCAUAUAAAUAAAGCUAAAGUUUUGAUUGAAGAACUUGAAUGCCUGGCCGAGGAUGUUUAUAGCACUACGCUAACAGCCAGCCUUAGUAUCUUAGAAGCUUCAGAUUGCUUUGAUGGUGAUGAUAACCUGCCAGCAGAUUCUUGUGAGGAUGAUGGGCAGUCCGUGGAUCCGCUGGACAGCGCAGUAUCUUACUCGAGCGUUAUGAUUCUGGUUCACAAUAUGUUAAAAUUGGAUUAUUCGAUGCAGGAGAAGAUAGUCAAGGCACUGAGCCUUAAAACACCAUCGUCGGAGCUAGAUGGCUAUUGUCUGAUGUGGGAUUUGCGGCCAUAUGUUGAUGACAAUGUGAUGCAGCUUGCCUGGAAAUUCAUUUCUUAGAAGCGGAAGCGGACCACGCUUGAUGAUAAACUGAGCAGCGUCAACAUUAGUGCCUGAUACACAAUCAUUUUCCUGCAAGCAUUGUGAUCAGGGGCUAGAGAGGGCCCUGCCGAAAACUUAAAAGGGAUAAGUAUGCCUAUUUACCCUUAGCAGUUUAAAAUAUUCUAGAGAUAUUUCUUGAUACUCAAGUUGGUUAUUUCCUAAUGUUUGUCAGUUCGGCUUAGCUUCUAAGUUUGUAAGUUGGCCAUAUAAUGCCUAGCAAUGCCAGUGAAUAGACAAGAAGAAAAAUAGUCCCAAUUAUCGCUCCAAGUUUCUCC